AUGUUUAAUACGGCACGCAGGAAGGUGGUGAUAUACUGGCCAGACAGCGAUUCAAGCGACACAAGCGACUAUGUUGCCGCGGUCACCGACACCGAAAAAUCGGAAGGUGAAGAGGGCAAAGAAGAGGAAGAUGACUACGAACGGUUCGGCGAUGGGGGAGGCAGCGACGCGAGCACCGCUGAAGAUAGCGACGCUGAAAGUGAUAGCCUCAUGGAUGAUCAAUCAGAUGCCUCUGACGCUAGUAAUGCCGAGCUACAUGAUUGGCUGACGUGGCUUCAACGUCGCGUUAUCGACACGACGAUUAUGAGCCAGAUGGAUCUGUGGAUUUCCCUUUUGACUUGA